GUCUGAUGUAUUAUCAUAGUACUGUGCCAAUUGUCUACUGGCCAGUAGAAAGAUAGAUAUCUUUUGCUGACAUCAUUUAGUAAGGCCUCCUAGUUAUACUGCAGUAAACUCAAAUCCUCAAUUCAGCAUUAUGACCAUUUCUAGAGUAAAAAUUAAGUAGGAUUUUAAUCUCUCAACAAAUUUGGUAACAACAGGGUAAGAUAUAAUAUAUGAAUCAAAAUGGAAAUUAUACUGCAUUUACAAUUUCUUAAUUGGGAACUGAACCCAGGGCCUUGCUCUGUUCCAACUUUAAUCAUUAAUUCAAAACCUGCUUUUUACGAACAUAUAAUUUAAAACCUUUUGUAUUACCAUUAUAGUAAAUUUUAUAGGCUAAACUUUAUUUAAUAAGCAGUUCUUGCAAUUUGCUACUGACUGAACACCUGCCUGUGUGAUGUUUUGCUUUGAAUUUGGAACGCUGUAUGCAAUGUCCUUGGCCAGGGAUGCUCCAGCAGUCUUGAAUUAGCUGUUUGCUUAGUUAUGUCUAAUUUUCCUUCUCUGCUUUUUGUUUCUUCAUAGCCUCUAAGGCAUUCUUUUACAUCCGUUGGAGACCCUAGUGUUAAGACUCUUACUUUCAAGCCACCUUUGUCUUCUCUCCUUUUGAACACAGCUUUCCUUCCAGUAACUUUUUGUAACCAUUAUCCUUAUAAAUGUGACUUUAAAUGUGUUCAUAGGCUUCUCUCUAGUUAAUGGCUAAAUACUUAGUUUCUUAAUAUAUAUACCCUAAUCUAAAUCCUAGGUCUACUGCUUACUAGUCAUGUGACCUUAGAUACUCACCUUUUUCAGACAUGAAAUCAGGUUUCACCUUUGUCUUCCCUCCUUUUGAACACAGCUUUCCUUCCAGUAACUUUUUGUAACCAUUAUCCUUAUCAAUGUGACUUAUAAAUGUGUUCAUAGGCUUCUGUCUAGUUAAUGGCUAAAUAUUAGUUUCUUAAUAUAUAUGCCUAAUCUAAAUCCUAGGUCUACUGCUUACUAGUCAUGUGACCUUAGAUACUCGCUUACCUUUUUCAGACAUAGGUCUCUUCACUAUUGAUAAAGAAGUUAGAAAAAUAAAAAUAGGAAUUAAUGCAUAGGGUUAUUCCGGAGGUUAUAAAUUAAAUAAUGUAUAAAUGAUUAGCAUAUUGUAUUUUAAAUUCAAUCCAUUUUAGUCAAUAAACUCCUUGUUUCAUAAUGUAGCAAAACAGAACGAUCCUGUUCUGAGCAUAUAUUUUGUUUUCCCUGCAGUGUUUUCGGCUAAUACAACAAGAAGUUCUUAUUCAUUGGCCAUGCUUUUCUUCUCUUCUUACAUUAUUCAUGUCUGAUCCAGGAAAAGAGGCUAUGUUUGAAGUAAGGAUGAAAGAAAGAGAUGAUGGAUGUGUUACCAUUACUAACUUGUCCUCCAAAGCAAUAAAGGCAUUUCUUGACUAUGCCUAUACUGGAAAAGCAAGAAUAACAGAUGAUAAUGUAGAAAUGUUUUUUCAGUUAUCAUCCUUUCUUCAGGUUCCCUUCCUGUCAAAAGCUUGCAGUGACUUUUUAAUAAAAAGCAUCAGUCUCGUCAAUUGUUUGCACUUGUUAUCUCUAUCAGACAGCUAUGGCGCUAUACAUUUGUUUAAUCAUGUUUUAUGCUUUGUACAGCAUCACUUUCAUUUGUUAUUUAAAUCCAGAGAGUUUUUAGAGAUGAAUUUUGGAGUGCUGCAGAAGUGUCUGGAGUCAGAUGAGUUAAAUGUGCCAGAAGAAGGAAUGGUCUUGAAGGUUGUCAUUACAUGGAUCAAAUACAACUUAGAGUCCAGGCGAAAGCAUCUGCCUCACUUGAUUACAAAAGUAAGGCUACAUCAGUUAUCCGAGGACACACUUCGAGACUGUCUGCUCAAUGAGGAGUGUUUACUCAAAAGCACAAACUGUUUUGACAUAGUUGUGGAUGCCAUUAAGUGUGUGCAAGUUUCUAGUGGCCUCUUCGCUGAUGCUCGACCAUCCACAACUGAAAAAUAUAUAUUCAUCCAUAAAACUGAGGAAAAUGGAGAAAAUCAACAUACAUUUUGCUAUAACAUUAAAACUGACUCAUGGAAAAUACUGCCACAAUCACAUCUGAUUGAUUUGCCAGGAUCUAGUCUGUCUAGUUAUGGAGAGAAAAUAUUCUUGAUGGGUGGUUGCAAAGGGAAGUGUUGUAGGAAGAUUCGACUUCAUAUUGCUGAGUCUUAUCAUGAUGCCACUGACCAGACCUGGUGCUACUGUCCAGUCAAAAAUGAGUUUUUCUUGGUUUCAACCAUGAAAACCCCAAGAACCAUGCAUACAUCAGUCAUGGCUGUCAGUCGAUUAUUUGUUAUAGGUGGAAAGACUAGAGGAUCCCAGGACAUUAAGAGUCUCUUAGAUGUUGAAUCUUAUGAUCCACUAUCCAAAGAAUGGAUAUCAGUUAGCCCUUUACCGAGAGGCAUCUAUUACCCAGAAGCCAGUGCAUGCCAGAAUGUCAUUUAUGUUCUUGGAUCCGAGGUAGAGAUUGCAGAUGCUUUUAACCCAUCACUUGAUUGUUUUUUUAAAUACAAUGCUACAACUGACCAGUGGUCUGAACUAGUAGCAGAGUUUGGACAGUUCUUUCAUGCUACUUUAAUUAAAGCUGUCUCAGUAAACUGCACCCUGUAUAUAUGUGACCUUUCCACCUAUAAGGUAUAUAGUUUUUGUCCUGAUACUUGUGUUUGGAAAGGAGAGGGCUCUUUUGAAUGUGCAGGCUUUAAUGCAGGUGCAAUUGGGAUUGAGGAUAAGAUUUACAUAUUAGGUGGAGAUUAUGCACCAGAUGAGAUCACAGAUGAAGUGCAAGUUUACCACAGCAGCAAGUCAGAGUGGGAAGAGGUGUCACCAAUGCCAAGAGCCUUAACUGAGUUUUAUUGCCAAGUUAUUCAGUUCAACAAAUAUAGGGACCCAUGGUUUUCUAAUCAUUUCUAAAAGUAAUAUUUGCUUGAGUAGUCUAAAAUGAUGCCUAGGAGAAUUAGUAAAACAAAUUAUAUCUUAGCACAAUAAAAUAUUCCUUCUAUUGAAGAAUGACUAUAGAUGUCUGGUGUCUAUAAGUAGACAGUUUCCAGAUAAUUAAAAUAUAAAGUAUAUUUUACCAAAGUUACGUUGAAUGUGAAUAGUUCAGAAUACUUAGUAUUUUCUUAUGUAAAUAAAAAUUACAGGUUUAAGUAAAAGUUGGCAAAGAAAAGUCAGUGUUCAUAAAUGUUCAUGGAGAACUAUUUUUGUAUAUAACCAAUAACUUAAGUACAAUUUCAGGAUUUAAUUAGUACCUUACAUUUUCCUGCCUUGGGUUCUAAUCAUAAAGCACCAUGUUGUUUUUCAACUUUAGUAAAUUCUAAG